GUAGUGACAUCAAUGUGUGACAUCACGCAAUUUGAUGUCACAAAGAGUGAUGCACAAAAAGCUGCAYUCUUGAAUUCUACUGUCAUAACCAUUGCAGAACCUASACAGCAAGAAGGAGUGUAUCCAAGCAAGAGUUUGAMAAGGAUUUUUACAAACAAUUCAUAAUGAGUGAAAGCAGCAAGACWUCGUUUUCAGAUUCAGAGGAGGAAAAAGGACAUCAAAUGUUAGCGAGAGAAAGACAGAGGCUUCAUGACCUCUUGGAAGAAGUUGGAAGGAUGUCCUUUGACACGCACUCAUUAAUUAAAGCMAAUGAGGAUUUAAAAAUCAAAGUWCUAAAUCUAGAGCAAGUGGCKUUUGAAAGAAACAAGCUUGCUCAAGACAAAGAAGAAGAAUUUAAAAAACUGGUGGACAAGAACAUGAACCUAGAAGAGGACAAAUCCAUACUGGAAAAGAUCAACACCGCAAUAGAGAAGAAAAACAUGGACUGUGAUAAAGAAAUUGCUGCACUGACGCAGAAAUUCAGGGCUCUGGAGGAGAAAAACACCACCCUGGAGGAAGAAAACUCUGUUCUCGAGCAGGUGAAUUACAUCUUGGAGACCUAUAACACAGUCCAUGUCCAGGAAAACGCCGACCUGAGGCAGCAAAGCGAGGCUCUGGAAAGAGAAAACASAACCCUGGAGGAGAAAAACACCGACCUGGAGGACAAAAUCACUGCCCUGAAGAAGGAAAAUUCUGAUUAUGAGCAGGUAAACUUUAUCUUGGACGGGGAAAAUAAAGUUUACGCCGAGGAAGUCUCAGACCUGAGGCAGGAAAGGAAGGUUCUCUGGAAGGAAAAUGCCGUCUUGGAGAAAGAAAACGCCGCGCUGAAGCAGGAAAACACCGCACUGGAGGAGAAAAACACCACCCUGGAAAAGAAAAACACCAACUUGGAGGAGAAAAACACCAUCCUGGAGGAGAAAAACACAAAAUUGGAGCAGGAAAACGCUGCCCUGCAGCAGGAAAACAAGAAAUUAUUGGAACAGCAUAACCAGGAGCCAUCUAAUGAGGAAGCCCACAUAGACAUCCAGUCGAUUUCCGACCAGCCACAGAAGGAGCCACACCUUUUCAGAUGUGUGAUCGGAGGCGUCUGCAAUACAUUUCUGAAAAUGUAUCAAACAGGCACUCUGAGAGAUGAAAGAGUUCAGCGCAGAUCGGCUCACCUGAGGGACGCGACCAGGAGGAACCUUUCCGUUUCAGGUGUGGAACAUUUGAGCCUCAGCCUGCAGCGUGAAUGAACAGCCGAUGCGUGAAUGAACAGCCGAUGCGUGAAUGAACAGCCGAUGCGUGAAUGAACAGCCGAUGCGUGAAUGAACAGCAGCUCAAGUGAAGACAACACGGACAGAAAAUAUUAAGUCAAUAAAAGGCCUUAAAAUGUGAGUUUUUCUAACUUUGUACAUUCUGUUUGGUUUUAUAUUAAAUAAAAACACAUAUAUU